AUGGAAAAGAAGAGUAUUGACGAACCAUCCACAGAGAUGAGUACCUUUGGUCAAACAAGUAUAUUGAACCGCCAGCGCAUAAUAUCAGACCCACAUACCAACACAGUACGAGAUAUAAAGCUUCCAGAGAAGAAGUUGGCAAUAAUAGAACCUUUGAAGGGCGAACAAGUUCCAAGCACAUCUAUUACAUUGCCAGAUGUGGAGAACAGUGCCAAGGAUCCUAUCAAUGGUAAAUGUAUAUCGUUCGAAACACCUAAACCUGAAAAUGCACCACACCAUAGACUAUCGAUAAGUUGCGUACCGAAUAAGAUACGUCCUAAACUAAUAGACUCAUCAGCAACUACGAUGUCAAAGGAUGAACUUUCCAAGGAGCAACAACAAGAAGGUGAUGACGUUGAGGAGAAAAACUGUACGGUUGAUAUGCCUGGGGAUUUUGUAUAUUUACCUAGUAGUUCAGAUGAUAAGCAGAAUGUUGAAAUAGGGAAAGAGAUCAAACAGAAUAUAGUGAACGAAACAUCUAUUAUAUCGUCUACAGAGAAUGAACCAGAAAGUAAGAAAACAGUAUUUAAGAAACAGACAAAUACAGUUGAACCAGAAGUUCCAUUUACAGCCUUUUUUGCAAAGGAAGAUGAUAAGAAAUUUCAUAUAUUAAUUGGUGCUACAGGAUCAGUAGCUACAAUUAAGAUUCCAUUAAUUAUAGAUAAAUUAUUCAAGAUAUACACUCCUGAGAAAGUCUGUAUCCAACUAAUAGUAACUAAACCUGCAGAGCAUUUCCUUAAUGGACUCAAAAUAUCUUCUAAAGUUAAGAUAUGGAGAGAAGAAGAUGCUAUCGCUGAUACUAAUAACGAUAUGAUGUUAUUCCAUGAAUUACGACGUUGGGCAGAUAUUUUAUUAAUUGCACCUUUAUCAGCUAAUAGUUUAGCUAAACUAGCUAAUGGUAUUUGUAACAAUUUGUUAACCAGUGUCUUUAGAGAUUGGACCAUUUCAGGUGCUCCUGUAUUAGUGGCACCUGCUAUGAAUACAUUCAUGUAUGUGAAUCCAAUGACGAAGAGACAUUAUAUGGCCUUAGAGGAAAACUUCCCCUUUGUAGAAAUAUUGAAACCUGUAGAGAAAGUAUUGAUCUGUGGUGAUAUAGGUAUGGGAGGAAUGAGAGAAUGGUCUGAUAUUGUAGAGAUCGUUAGACAAAGAAUUAAAGAGAUCAUUGCAAGACGGAAAUUAGAAGCUGAAAAUGCAGAAGAAGUUGACACGAUAGAUGCAGACACUGAAGAAGAUAUAGAUGACGAUGACGAAGACGAAGACGAUGACGACAAUGAUGAUAAUGACAAUGAUAGUGAAACAGAUGAUGAUGAUGAUGAUGAUGAUGACGAUGAUGACGACGACGACGAAUCGAGUGUGUUGGAUUCUGAUACAAACUCCGACCGAAUGACGGCAGAAACCGCCCACUCCAAGAUCAGCUACCACAAAUAG